UGCCCCAUCACUGGUGUCAGUGGGAGAAAUAGUGCCCCACCACUGGUGUCAGUGGGAGGAAUAGUGCCCCACCAUUGGUAUCAUUAGUAGGAAUGGUGCCCCAUCAUUGGUGCCAGUGGGAGGAAUGGUACCCCAUCAUUGGUGGCAGUGGGUGGAAUGGUGCCCCAUCAUUGGUGCCAGUGGGUGGAAUGGUGCCCCAUCAUUGGUGCCAGUGGGUGGAAUGGUGCCCCAUCAUUGGUGUCAGUGGGAGGAAUGGUGCCCCAUCAUUGGUGCCAGUGGGUGGAAUGGUGCCCCAUCAUUGGUGCCAGUGGGUGGAAUGGUGCCCCAUCACUGGUGUCAGUGGGUGGAAUGGUGCCCCAUCACUGGUGUCAGUGGGUGGAAUGGUGCCCCAUUCACUGGUGUCAGUGGGUGGAAUGGUACCCAUCAUUGGUGUCAGUGGGUGGAAUGGUACCCAUCAUUGGUGUCAGUGGGUGGAAUGG